CUAUGGCACAUGAUCCGUCACUCCAGAACUCUGAUUCAGCAUUGGUGGGGCAGACUGAAAGUGAUCCUCAAGGAGAGAACAAAGAUAAUAACCAAGGACAAGAAGGAAGCCUUGGAACUGUGGAGGACGAUCCAUCACUCCAGAACUCUGGUUCACCAGAGGAUGAGGAGCCUAAAAGUGAUCCUGAACCAGACAGCGGAGAUAAUAACCAAGGACAAGAAGGAAGCCUUGGAACUGUGGAGGACAAUCCAUCACUCCAGAACUCUGGUUCACCAGAGGAUGAGGAGCCUAAAAGUGAUCCUGAACCAGACAGCGGAGAUAAUAACCAAGGACAAGAAGGAAGCCUUGGAACUGUGGAGGACAAUCUAUCACUCCAGAACUCUGGUUCACCAGAGGAUGAGGAGCCUAAAAGUGAUCCUGAACCAGACAGCGGAGAUAAUAACCAAGGACAAGAAGGAAGCCUUGGAACUGUGGAGGACAAUCCAUCACUCCAGAACUCUGGUUCACCAGAGGAUGAGGAGCCUAAAAGUGAUCCUGAACCAGACAGCGGAGAUAAUAACCAAGGACAAGAAGGAAGCCUUGGAACUGUGGAGGACAAUCUAUCACUCCAGAACUCUGGUUCACCAGAGGAUGAGGAGCCUAAAAGUGAUCCUGAACCAGACAGCGGAGAUAAUAACCAAGGACAAGAAGGAAGCCUUGGAACUGUGGAGGACAAUCCAUCACUCCAGAACUCUGGUUCACCAGAGGAUGAGGAGCCUAAAAGUGAUCCUGAACCAGACAGCGGAGAUAAUAACCAAGGACAAGAAGGAAGCCUUGGAACUGUGGAGGACAAUCUAUCACUCCAGAACUCUGGUUCACCAGAGGAUGAGGAGCCUAAAAGUGAUCCUGAACCAGACAGCGGAGAUAAUAACCAAGGACAAGAAGGAAGCCUUGGAACUGUGGAGGACAAUCCAUCACUCCAGAACUCUGGUUCACCAGAGGAUGAGGAGCCUAAAAGUGAUCCUGAACCAGACAGCGGAGAUAAUAACCAAGGACAAGAAGGAAGCCUUGGAACUGUGGAGGACAAUCUAUCACUCCAGGUACUGA